AUGUUGGGUCGUCAAGAAGAUAAAUUAUGUGGAAUCUUCUCUGCUCUGGCGGCUUUGUCCUUCGUAUGCUUUAUUCAAAGCUCCUCUGGAAGCACAGGAAUGUCUUUGGCCAAGACCACCGUGGACAAGUUGCUGAAGGGAUAUGACAUCCGAUUAAGACCUGAUUUUGGAGGUCUCCCAGUCAUUGUAGGAAUGAGUAUCAACAUAGCCAGUAUAGACUCCAUAUCCGAAGUCAACAUGGACUACACCAUCACCAUGUAUUUCCAGCAGAGUUGGAGGGACAAGCGUCUGGCGUACGGAGAGUUGAACUUGAACCUCACUCUGGACAACCGCGUGGCCGACCAGCUGUGGCUCCCUGACACCUACUUUCUUAAUGACAAGAAGUCCUUCCUGCACGGCGUGACAGUGAAGAACCGCAUGAUCCGCUUGCAUCCCGAUGGCACCGUGCUGUACGGGCUGAGGAUAACAACCACAGCUGCCUGCAUGAUGGACUUGAGGAGGUACCCCCUGGAUGAACAGAAUUGUACUCUGGAAAUUGAGAGCUAUGGAUACACCACCGACGACAUUGUUUUCUUUUGGCAAGGAGGGGACAAAGCAGUGACCGGAGUGGACAAAUUAGAGUUACCUCAGUUCUCCAUCGUGGACAUUCGUUUAGUCUCCAGAGAGGUCCGCUUUAUCACAGGUUCAUAUCCGAGGCUCUCGCUGAGUUUCCGUAUCAAAAGGAACAUCGGUUACUUCAUCCUGCAGACGUACAUGCCCUCCAUUCUGAUCACCAUCCUGUCCUGGGUCUCCUUCUGGAUAAACUACGAUGCCUCUGCAGCUCGGGUGGCCCUGGGUGUGACUACGGUGCUUACCAUGACAACCAUUAACACCCACCUUAGGGAGACUCUCCCCAAGAUCCCAUACGUGAAAGCCAUCGACGUCUACCUCAUGGGCUGUUUUGUCUUUGUGUUCCUGGCCCUGCUUGAAUAUGCCUUCGUAAAUUACGUGUUCUUUGGGCGGGGGCCUGCCCAACAGAAGAAACUCAGCGAAAGGCUGGGCAAAUCCAACAACGAGCGCACAAGAUAUGAGGAGAAGCGCCUGAGGGAGCAGGACUCCAUUUCCGUGCCGUAUCAAACCAACACCUUCAGGUCAUAUACACAGCGAAGAAAUCUGUAUCUCGAGGAACAAAGAAAAGUUGGGGUGGAUGCCUACGGAAACAUCCUCCUCACCACUCUGGAGAUGAACAACGAGGUGAUGCCCUCAGACGUGGGGAGCAGCGUCAGUGACUCUCGUAACUCCGUCAUGUCCUUUGACAGUUCCGGGGUGCAGUUCCGGAAGCCCAUGGCGCCCCGGGACGGGUUCAGCCACCACUCGCUGGACCGCACGGCCAUGCGCAACAGGGCUAACUGUCGACUAAGGCGGCGCUCCUCCAAGCUCAAAUUGAAAAUUCCCAACCUGUCAGAUGUUAGCACCAUUGACAAAUGGUCCCGGGUCAUUUUCCCCAUCACCUUUGGAUUUUUCAACCUCAUCUACUGGUUGUACUAUGUGAAUUGA